UCCGUUAAUAGCCUAAUACUUUUUAAUACUAUGACUUUGAUCACCUGUUUGACAUACAACUUUUGUCAUACUUAAAAUGAAACUUUCAUAUUGGAAAAAUCUUUCUAGGAAUCAAAUGACAACCUCCAGUCACAUCUCAUCCGUAAUAUAACAUGGUCUUUUCCUUUAAAUAAUAAUAAAAAAAAUCCUUCUCCUACAGUCUAAAGACGAUUCGGUGUCUCGCUGCCUUUGCAUUUACAGGUGCCACUUUUGCACCUCGCCAGUGCGGAGAGAAUUCUCCACGGACUUUUCCUUUCACAUGGAAAUGUCCCGGUUUAAUUAGCUGAUCUUUAAAUUCAGAGAGGCACAAGGAUAGAAAGUCUGACCAUCUGCCGUAGUCCGCCUUUAUCAGGAAGGUACAAGAGGCAAAUGAGAAUCAAAUCGACAAAAAAAAAAAAAAAAAAACGUUUGUAGGAAUAAACUUGAGUCAUGUUGUGCUCUCAAAAUGUAUAUUUAUAAGCUGUCGAGAGUUACUACAAAUACUCUUUCAGGAAAUUAUUUUGAUCAUUAUCGGUCAUGUCGCCAUGCAGGAAAACAAUCGAGUUGUGGCCGGGUGCCAUUUCAGACACCAUUCAUACAGUCCAGAGGACUAUUCGCCAGCUGUCCUCUUGUUUUACUCUUAUUGUCUCGAUUUUGUCUCCAUAGACUGUGGUUUUCUCCCGCUGGCUCUUUUAGACACGCCUAUGGCAGAAGAAGCGUGUGCUGCUUCAUUCGCGAUAGGGUGCAGUUUCAGUGGUAUCGACCGGUUUUGCACCUCUAAACUUAAAAAGCACAGUUGGAAAAAAAUCCUCAAUAACAUGUAAAAUAUGCAUUUACCAAUGUUAAUAUGUAUGUUAUUUUUAAAUAAAAAUUGGAGAAUAUUUCAGAUACAGGGUGAGCCCCCCAACCCGCGCACAUAUACAGUUGGUAUAGUCCAGUGGCUUUUGGCUGGCUUGAGCAGACUCCACAUCCAGCUGCACUGUGGAGUCACCGGCACGCGCGCAUCUGCGGGAAUGGAUUGAACGGAGGGUGUGUAUUGGGCUGGAUACUGCAAAGAAAGGUCACAGCUGCAGACUGAACUCUGAGAUUGUUGAAAACGGCAGAGUAACAAAAAUAAACAUGGAUUGUAAGGAGGAGAUCAGUGACUCUGACAGCGGGAUCAUUUUGAACUCUGGCCCAGACAGUCCCACGUCUCCGGUGAAGGACCUGAGCACUCACACACGUGCCAUGAGGCUGAAGCAGCAAGCCCUUGAGGACAGACUGGAGCUUUGUGUCCUGGAGCUAAAGAAACUCUGCAUUAGAGAGGCUGAGCUGACUGGAAAGCUGCCCCCCGAAUACCCUCUCCUGCCGGACGAGAAGCCUCCGCAAGUCCGGCGACGCAUCGGAGCCACUUUCAAACUGGAUGAGGGUUUUAUUUCACAAGAUGGCGAGGAGUCUGAGCUGCACGCGCUCGAGGCUGAUCUCGCCCUGCAGCGGCAGAUUUAUGAGGCAGCCCGAAAGCUCUCCCUCGAGGAGCACAUCAGCAAACCGGUGAAGAAAAGCCGACUGCAGCAGUGUAAACGUGAAGAGAAGAAGCUGAAAGAGCUGCAGGAUGCGAUACUGAAACACCGCAUCAACCACGGCUGUGUCUCUCCACAGACCUGCUAUUCUUCCAGACAGAGAGAUCUUUGUAUGUCUGAUGACAGCUCACUGUCUGAUGCUGUUGCCUUAGAUGAUGACUCAGACUCUGCUCCCUUUUCUCCAGCCGUUCUGGGGUCUUCCAUGGACAGCGGUUUCCAAUGUCUGACUCUCUUGCCCAAAAACGGCCCAAAGCAAUCGAGCUCCAGUUCCAGUCUGGACUAUGAUGCCUCACCCAUCCAGAACUCUCCAUGGAAGGAGUCCAGCCUGGACCAGCCCUACCAGAAACAAAAACCUUCUCACUCUGUCUGCAGCAGCCGCUCAAGCAGCAGUCCAACAGGCUCACCAACAGACACAAGAAUGGCAGAACUUCCUCCAGCACCCCAGUUUGUGUUUAAGAGUGUGCGAAACAAUCAGCCAAACAGCGCCCCCUCCACCCCAGAGCUGCCACUGCGCCGACAGUUCUCACAGUCCUUCAGGCUUCCCAGAAGCAAACCAGAGUUGACCAAGGCCAGUUCAGACCUGGGACGGGGCCGGACCAAGUUGCCACAACGACGAGUGACAGAUUUCACAUUAGCCUACUCAGUUCAACGUUUAUAUCAGUGCAGCUCUGAAGACAGCAGCUCUGAGCUUUCCAUUUCCUCAUACAGCAGUUCCUCCAGCCGAGAGAUGACCACCGAGACACCUAAACCCUGUCCGCCUCCAUAUGGCUACCAUCUUACCACUCCAAAUAAAGGACCAAGCCAGAUCCACACCCACAGUACACUCAAAAACAACAACAAAAACCCACCUCACCUUGUGCCCGGCCCCAAUCGAGUGAAGAUUAUCAAUGGGACUCUACUUCAGGCAGACAUGGCAAGGCUGCAACAUAAUUCACAAUCUGAUCCUGUACAUACUAAUAAACCUCAACAUGUCGGGGUUACCUCACCCAAACAAAUGCUCAAGCCUCCCCCGCCAUACACAAAGGUGGUCCGUACGACAUCACUAAGAGAAUAUCCCAACCACCCCAGCCGUGUGCUUCCUCGAGAUUUGGUAUCAGGGGAUCUAAAAACCUGGCACCAGAAAAACAAUAUAGGCAUAUCCAAACCCCGCUCACUUGAACGGCAGGGAUCGAUUCGAAUCAAGCGUCCAGAGCCUCCGCCCUACCACCAGAUUCCCUCUCAAAAACAGGUGAUUCUGCAAAGGGCUUCGGAUGGAACGCCGCUGCAGUGGUACGAAGAAGAAGACUCUGAGAUCGUGAGUCAGGUGUAACCAGGUAGAAGAAACCCUGGAGGAGAUGACACAGAGAAUAAGUGAACUCUCAUUGUACAUGUGUUUAUUUUUAUUUAUUGAGCCAAUGGACUCACCAAUGUAAUCUGAUUAUGUUCAUUCUCACGAGACUUUUUGACCAAGUUGGAGCUGAGCCAGUGUAUUCUUCGAUUCCAUAUAUGCCUACAUUUGUGAUUAAAUAUCAAGUCUAAGACUUCCUUGUAAGGCAUCAUGCCUUUUUGUUUAUGAUGAAUGUAUAAUAUAAUUAUUUUAUUGAUGUCAGGAAAGUGGGGCCCACCUUUUGCAAAUGAAUGCCCUCAUGGAAAUGACAUCAUUUAGUAUAUAUUUGUGUCUGGUACACGAUUCUUCAUAAUUAAUGUAUUACAGAAUGUCUUCGUUUCCCCAUGAGUUUAAUUUAACACAUUAUGAAUUAAUAUAUUAUUUGUCCAUAUCUUUUAUUUGUGAAUUAAUAUUGCCCUUUUCCUAACACAAUUUUUUUUUUUAAUUAGUGAAGUGUUGCUCUGCUACUGUAAUACGCAUUGUCAUCUGUGAAUUUUAAUGAUACAAAAUGCAGAUGUUUUACUUCCUGUUUGUACACUAACUAAUUAUUAAAUAUAUUUUAUAUUAUUUAUAACACCCUUUAAUAAACAAUAUUACAGAUCCUCACUAUUGCCUUGUGCAUUUUUUCAUGUUUUGAAAACAGACGUAGAGCAUACAUUGACAUGAGUGCCAGUGCAAGAGACCAUUUCCAACUAGACAUGAUACAGUUUGCCCUAAAACAAAGUUAAAACGUUAAGGUUUAAAAGGUUUAUUCUUUAAACUUUUUCCCCAUGACUUUGGAAAACUAUUUGCCCAUGCUUAAGGUUACCUGCUUUUUUUUUUUUUACAAAUGUGGGGUCCAGCUCAAGUACUCCUUGCCUCAAGAAAUGUGAGACAUGGAUGUAGUAAUUAAUCACUCUUAUACUGCAGUAAGUCAGCAUAAAACAUCAUGCACAACCCAUUUUAUUCCGAAAUUGUUUGUAUUCCCAAGUAAAAAAUAAAAACAAGGAUAUGAAACAAGGAAAAAAUGGCAGGACAUUAGAAAUGUGUAUAAAGUCAGUCAAUAGUUUAAAAUUUGAUUUUACAUUGACAAAUUCACUGUAUAUAUUUUAUAAAUGAUUUUAUUG